GAAGGUUUGAGAAAGAAAAGGGGGUGGGAGGGACACAGGCAAUAGCACGGCUGUGUCAGUUUUGCAUUGGGAGACCCGCCUAAUUAUUUGUUUCGAUUGCAUAGUGCUUCCCCUUGCCUGUUCAGCAGCAGGCUGAGUGUCUAAUCCGGCCUGUGUGUGCUGAGCGAAUGGCUGCAGGACGCGGCUCGGCCUGUUCAAGGUGCAAAGUGUAGCAACAGACAUGAGCGUGCUGCGUGUCAAAGCAGGGCUGGGUUUGCUGGCUCGCAGUCGGCCGUGCAUAAGCCCGUGGCCGCUGCUCUGCCGUCCUGGUGCUCGGCCCAUUGUGGACAUGUCUUACUCCCACCACUUUGUGGAUUUUCACGGCUCUUCUAUCCCCACCUCCAUGAAAAAGCUGGUGGUCACUCAGCUGAGCCCUGACUUCAGAAAGGCUGUGACUUUAAUGCCCAGUGUGGCAGUGCCAGUUCCAGGGGAUGGAGAUCUCCUCAUCAGGAACCGAUACGUUGGUAUCAAUGCAUCAGACAUCAACUUUUCAUCUGGAAGAUAUGAUGCCUCGGUGAAGCCUCCAUUCGAUGUUGGUUUUGAAGGCAUUGGUGAAGUUGUAGCCUUGGGACUGAGUGCUAGUAAAAACUUUGCAGUUGGCCAGCCAGUUGCUUACGUCCAAAAUGGCUCCUUCGCUGAGUAUACAGUUGUACCAGCUAUGACGGCUAUUCCAAUUCCUUUGGUAACACCUGACUUCCUAACUUUUCUCAUCAGUGGCACAACAGCUUACAUCAGUCUCAAAGAGUUUGGGAAUCUGAGUAAGGGAAAGAAAGUUUUAGUGACGGCUGCCGGUGGUGGAACAGGACAAUUUGCUGUACAGCUUGCAAAACAUGCUAACUGCUAUGUAAUUGGGACAUGUUCUUCUGAAGAAAAAGCAGGAUUCCUAAAAUCUAUUGGCUGUGAUCUCCCAAUUAAUUAUAAGGCAGAAAAUGUUGCCUCUGUCAUAAGGGAAAAAUUUCCAGAGGGAGUAGAUGUGGUGUACGAAUCUGUCGGUGGAGAAAUGUUUGAUUUGGCUGUAAAAUGUCUGGCCACCAAAGGCCACCUUAUAAUAAUUGGCUUUAUUUCAGGGUAUGCCACUCCUCUAGGCAUUUUACCCGUUAAAGAAGCAGCACUACCUGCGGUAUUACUAAAAAAAUCUGCUAGUGUCCAUGGCUUUUUCUUGCCCCAUUAUAUGUCUGAGUACAAGGAGGCCAUUAUGUCUUUGGUGACAUUGCACCGAAGUGGGAAGCUAGUUUGCGAAGUGGACAAUGGAGAACUAUCUCCAGAAGGCAAGUUUACUGGCUUAGAGUCUGUUUUCCGUGCUGUAGAUUAUCUGUACACAGGGAAAAACAUUGGGAAAAUUGUAGUUGAAUUACCUCACCUUGUCAACAGCAAGCUGUAAAAACAGAACAAUGAUAUAAAUCACAAAAGUAAACGGUACUUUCUGCCUGCAAACUCUAAAACAUGUUGUCGCUAAUAGAGAGCAUAUUAAAAAACAGUACAAGGGUGUUGGUAAAACGUUUUCAGUGCACAAAAUAAAAA